UGACAAUUUUAUUUUGUUUUUUUUUUUUUGUUGCUUUAACCAUGAAAAUAAAUUGGCAGACGUUCCCAAAGUUAUUUGUCGUAUUACCUGUACUGCACUACGCGCUCUCGUUGUUUAUGCAAUCCGAAUCCGAGGAGCACAACCGCAGAAAGGAGCAGGAAAAAGCGAAUGCAAAGGAUGUGAAUAUUGCGCGCUUAAUCGAAAAUGUUGAACAGAAAUAGUACGCCGAGUGUGACACCCUGUAUAAAGAAUUGCAAAACUUUUUUUUGUUGCGGCAAGGAAGUAAAUGCACACAAAUUACCCCCAGCCAAAAAGUUAUCGACAAGCCUGGACGACGACAGCAACAAAAACGAAACGAAACGGAAGCAGCAGUCAAGGUGCAAAGCAAAAUCAUUACACCUGUUCCUGGACGCGGCUAGUGGCCAGUGUGAGUGAGUGUAGAAAGCGUAGAAAUCGAGCCGAGGACCAGGACAAGGAUGGUGCCGAGACACAAAACGCUAACAAAAUUUUCGAUAAUGCAAAGGGGUGAGCAGCGCGUGCAGCCGAUGCAAAUGCCGCAGCUAGUGUCUUUUGGCUAGGGUUCAAUUUUUGGGCAUUGGUCACGCUGCACUUGCCACGCUGCCACGAAGCCCUGUUGCAUGUUGCAGGCGACACAAAUACAAACAAUUCGCUAUCAAAAUUAAUAAAAAUAAAUACGCUGCGCUCUGCUGCGCUCUGCUGCGCUGCCGUUAAUGAGCACGCAGCCAAAUUGUGAUAUGCAUCUGCAACUGGUCGAGAUGCAGCUGCAACGAGCUGCAGUUACAGUUAUAGUUGCAUCAAGGAUUUGCACGAAAGUGCAUUUUAAUUGUUGCAUUUUGACCUGCCCGGCUAUUUCAUUUCAGAAUACGCUUUCAGAUCAAUUUAUUUAAAUUUUAUUGAUAUCAUUAGCACACUCUUUAACUUGGUUCACUUUGCUGCACCUGCUGGCCUUCAUGGCUGAAAGGUUUCGUUAGAAUAAAUGGCCCAAAGGGGUUAGUUUGGUUUGGA